AUGGCGGCUUCCCUGCAGGCACUGCCCCGCAAGGGCGGGCGGCCGCAGCUUACGCCGGCCCAGCAGCUGGAGCGCCGGCAGCAUGAGGCCUACUUCCGGAGCCUGGCCGAGGAGGAGCACCAGAAGAGGGUGCAGCGCGUCCACCAGCUGGAGGUGAUGUGGGAGGCCGAGGACCGCGUGGAGCGCAAGCGCGUCACCCGGAUGCUGCAGGAGGAGGAGCAUGAGCAGCGCAUGGAAGAGGCCAUCCAGAGGGCAGAAGAGAAUAAAAGGCUGCGAGAACUGGAGUUGCAACAGGAGGAAAAACUGGCUGCGGAGUUGGCACGGCUCAAGCACGAGAAGCUGAAGGAUGAGAAAAUGAGGCAGCAAAUCAGAGAGACCAGUAUUGAACUCCGGGAGCUGGAGAGGAAGCUGAAAUCCGCGUACAUGAACAAAGAAAGGGCCGCCCAGAUCGCAGAAAGAGAAGCUCUGAAAUAUGAGCAGAUGAAGAGCGACGCGGAGCUGGCCAAGACCACGCGGGAAGCCCAGGAGCGGGCGGAGCAGGCGGAGGGCGCGGCGGAGACGAGGCGGAAUCAGGAGCGCCUGCUGUAUCAGCAAGAGCUGGAGAAGCAGCUGGAGGAGGGCGAGAGGCGGAAGCAGGCCGCCUACGAGGAGUUCCUCCGAGACAAGCUCCUGAUCGAUGAGAUCGUGAGGAAGAUCUACGAGGAGGACGAGAGGGCCAGGCAGGAGAGGCUGGAGAAGAAGCGGAUGACCCAGCGCUUCAUCGAGGAGUUCAAAAAGGACCAGGCGCUGCGGCGACAGAGGCAGCGCGAAGAGGUGGAGGAGGAGAAUCGGAAGAUCUUGGCCUUUGCCGACAUGUGGCAGCAGAGGGAGGACAAGCGGAUGACUCAAGUCCACGAGAACGAGGAGCGGAAGCGGCAGCUCCAGCAAAGGAUGGCCGAGCAGCUGGAGCGAGAACAGCGAGAGCGAGAGGAGCUGGAGGAGGUCCGUCAGGAGCUCUCUGUGGAGGAGCAGGCGGCCGCAGACCGGAAGAAGGAGCGGGACGAGAUGGAGAAGAAGAUCCGGCAGCGCCUGGAGCUGCGGCACUCCUACGAGGAGCAGCUGGCCCUGCAGGAGGUGCUGCAGCAGGCGAUGAGGGAGGAGGAGGCCGCCUUCCGCCAGGCCAUGCUGGCCAAGUUUGCGGAGGACGACCGGAUCGAGCAGAUGAACGCCCAGAAGCGGCGGAUGAGGCAGCUGGAGCACCAGAGGGCAGUGCAGCGGCUGAUCGAGGAGCGGCGCAAACAGUUCUUGGCGGACAAGGAGCGUGAGCUGGAGGAGAGGCAGAUGGAGGAGAGGAGGGCGGGCGCCGUGAAGGCCAUCGUGGAGGAAGAGCGCCGCAAGCUGCUUCAGGAACACGCCGUCAAACUGCUGGGCUACCUCCCCCGGGGAGUUCUUAAAGACGAGCAAGACGUAGACAUGCUUGGAGAAGAGUUCAGGCAAGUUUAUCAGAAGAGGAAAGAUGAGGGGCUUGCGCAAGACUCCUGAGGUGACGCAGCUUCACGGUAGCCCCGGCAGGCCGCGCCGGAGUCCGGGCAGGUGUCUUUCUCCCACUGUUUCGCCUUUUUUGGGGGGUGGGGAGUUCAUGCCCACUUGUACUUCAUGCUCCCUUUGGAAAGCGACCUCUGGGUUUAUCUCGACUUGACCAGCAGAGGUGCCUAGAAAGAUGAGCUGGCCAGAGGUCAGCAUUAAAUAUGCUUUCACUAAG